GCGGAGGGGUCGCGUUCCGGCCCCGGGCCAUGGAGCCACGGGCCGCGGAGCUGGGGCGCGGCCCCCGCGGCGCUGCUGCAGAAAUCAAAGGCGGAAGAGAAAAACAGAUUUCAUAUUUGAAAAUAUCAAAACUAGCAUUGGCUUUUGCAAUUAUCCACUCAAAACCACCAGGGAAGAGUUCCAAAGAAUACACAGAGGACCUUGCCAGAACUGUAUCUGAACAAGAUUUAGGAUGGAAAUGGAGAGUGCAAGUGCUGGAAGCUGAAGUUCUUCGAUUACGACAGGAACUUCUUUUAAACAGGAUCUCUCCAAGAUUCUGCUUGGAAAAUAGAAAUCAGGAUACCUCUGCUGAAACUGUUCUGGGUCAGGAAUCUAUAAACCCUACAAGUUACUCAAGCCAGCUAGAAGACUCUGGAUGUGAUGUCUGUAAUGACUCUGCAUUUGAUUCUUUAGGCACAGCUUCAGUUUUUCACCAAUCUGAGCAUAAUGUCAACACUUCUAAACAUUGGUUGGAAAGAGUUACCCCACUGAAUCUUUGCCAUACUAGCAAGGAGCAAUGUCUGACUGCUCCCAUGCAGUUUUUGCAAUGUUUGCUUGAAAUAAGAAAACUGUCAGAAAGAGGAAUUCUUCAAGCAGACUUCUCAGAGCUUGAGAAUGAUUCCUUCACCAUAUGCAAUUCAGUGUCUCAGUUGCUUGACGGACUGACUGUUUUUUACAACAGUCCUAAAUUCCCAGCUCCAAGUUUCCUUACUGAAGGAGUUGGUGUUUUGAUCAGUUUAAUAACCGAUACUAAAUUAUCAAAUCAUGUUUUGAAGAAGUGUUUCAGGAAGAUAGAAGAAUUUAAGAAAAAUCUAAUUCAAAUUAUUUUAAAAAAUAGGAGUGUCAAUAGGUUUCAGGCACUGCAUUCUGUAUCACAAACGCUGCGUUUGCUAGGAAGGAACAGCAUACUAAGAAAUUCUUUAAUAUCCCUUCUCCUGUCGGGAGUCCGUCAGUUUGCUGAGCAGUUGUUGCAGGCUCACCAGGUCCAGUCUGUGUAUGACAUCACCCAGUAUGAGAAUAUUUUUCUUUUGUGCAUGAUUCUGGAACAACUUCUUCAAAAUGAGACAGAAGAAAGUAACAGUUCGAGCUCAGACUAUGGAGGAGAAGAAAAAAUCAAAUUUCUGAAGAACCUUGAUCAAGUUAUUCUUUAUCUCUCAGAUGAAUUCCCUUUGUUUUCUUUAUAUUUGUGGAGAGUGAGUGUUCUUUUGAACUCAGGUCAAAUGCAAAUUGAUUAAAACAAGCAGCCUACUUUUUAACCGUGCAUUUGUUGUGGGGUUGCAUUGGAAAAUUUUCGAGCCAGACAGGGAUAUUGUCGUUAUUGAAAAACCUUUACUUCAAACUACUAUUCUAUACAGCAAUUUCAGAGAUAAUGCAAUUUAUUUCCAAUUCUGAAUAUAGAAAAAAUGUAAUAAUCCAGGUGCCAUUUGCAAUAAAUGCUGUUUCUUGUAAUAGAAAAGUGUGUUGGUGUUUGUGCACACAGUGAAAAUGAAACAAAGAAAGUUGUUUCAGGUGCUGUUUAAAAUAAACACUAUGAAUUUUAAAGUACAGUCAUAAUAUGUGUAUAGAGCUUCCAAGCUGGGAGAGUAAUGCCUCUCCUUUAAGAGUUGUAUAGCUACUGUGUGAUUUAGAGACAGUGUCUGGUUGGUUGAAAUAAAAAUGUUUAUUUUAAACCUGAUAACUUAUCAGUAAAACAUCUUACAGGACAGACUUCGUUACUGAUAAUUAAAUGAGUCAUUA